CAGUUUAACUUUUACGAGCAUCAAAGUUGUUCAAAAUUUUCAUUGCCGGAUUGAUUUUUUAGCUGCAUUGCUGACAAGAUCAAAAGAAUGGACAAAGGAAAAGGUUCAAAAAGAUCAACACCAAGUUUGCGCGCCAAGAAGAAAACUGGCACGGAUAGACAGAAGCCGUCUGUAAAACAAAAUGCAUCUCAAAACUCAAAGAAGAGUAGCAGACAGAAAAAGACCCCCAGUGUUGGAAAAGAACGGGAACAAGCAACGGAUAAGAAACGAGAAAUUGAGAAAAAACCACAGGAAAAGACUGCUUUGGAUGAGCAGCAAAGGAAAGCUCAAACGGAGACUAUCAGCAACUUGGAAAUCCUUCCGGACAAGAAUCCUGCUAAAAUGGAUGACGGUUAUGAAGAUUUCGGUCCUGGUGCAGCUGCUCGCUAAGUGCAUCUUCUUUUGAGAAUUCUGGUUUCUGGGAAAUAAAGUGCUUAUACUUUC